CUUCAAUCAAGUUCUAGUUUCUUUGCAAUGGAGAAGGAGCCCCAAAUUCAACAUUCAAGAGUGAAAUUAGGCAGUCAAGGAUUGGAGGUUUCGAGAUUAGGAUUCGGAUGCAUAGGACUUUCCGGGGUAUACAAUGCUCCCCUAUCCCAUGAAGAUGGAUGUGCAAUCAUAAGAGAAGCUUUCAAUAGGGGAAUCACCUUCUUCAACACAGCUGACAUUUAUGGCGACAAACACGAUAACGAGAUCAUGCUCGGCAAGGCAAUAUUAUUUUAAUACAUGUUUCUUAUAUCCCAAGCAACACUCUUAAAUCCUCGGUUUCACCAACUAAUCCAUUUUCUUCACAACCGUUGGUCACUAAAACAACUUCCUCGAGACAAAAUUCAAGUGGCAACGAAAUUCGGAUUCGUGUAUUCGGAAUCAAACGGGAGUCCUCUAAUCGAGGUCAAGGGCAUCCCUCUGCAUGUUCAAGCUUGCUGUGAAGCAAGUCUUGAGAGGCUUGAUGUGGAUUACAUCGAUCUUUACUUUCAACAUCGUGUGGAUACUUCAGUGCCCAUAGAAGAAACAAUGGGAGAGCUGAAGAAGCUGGUGGAAGAAGGAAAGAUAAAAUACAUUGGAUUAUCAGAGCCUAGCAUUGAUACAAUAAAGAGAGCACACAACGUUCAUCCCAUCACUGCCUUACAAAUGGAGUAUUCUCUCUGGACUCGUGAAAUCGAAGAUGAAAUACUCCCACUUUGCCGAGAACUUGGAAUUGGGAUAGUGGCAUAUAGUCCUCUCGGUAGAAGCUUUUUUGGAGGCAAGGCGGUUAUGGAAACCAUGCCCAGUGGCAUAUAG